GUCAGUUUAACGCAGGCGGAGGUGGCUUUGACUAUUUAAAAGCACUCAGCUGGGACCAAGCGUUAAGAUCAAUUGAAUUCUCUCUCCGGGACUAAAUAUUUGUCGGUUAUUGUUAACUACCGUAAUGAUAUCAGUCACUCUUUCAUGAUUUUCGAGUGAUUCAUUGUGUUGUCCACCACCAGAAAAAUAGUUAUUGCUGAGAGGGCAAGGAUUCUGCCUCUUUUCUUUCGUGUUCUCAUGGUCCUCGACUUUUAUGAGUUUCAACAAGAGAGAAAAGACAACCUUCUCCAAGGAUAACACGGAUUAUUUAUCUCCAAAAUAUCUGCAACCUGUAUUGAGCGGAUCCUUUUCAUAUCUUUGGAAUAUAAUUGGAGAUGAGUGAAUAACCAACAGAGAAGGUGUUCGUUUUGGAAAUCAUAUCACGUCUGCUCUUUUUGAAGAUACUUCUUCUCAUCGACCCCGUGGACUGUUAAUACGCAUCCUAAAGUAAAAUAUUUAAUUUCAAGGACUGGAGCACUGUUUGGGAGCUUAGUGUGGACUAAUGAACUUCUAUGUAAACGUCUUCAACGAAAAUCAUGAUAUGUUCAAGAGUGUUGGUUGUUUCUUGUUUGCUGUCGGUAGUACGUUUCGGAUCAACUCAAGAAGAUAAAAUUCUUGCACAAUGCACUUUUGAUGAAUCAGAGAACUGUGGAUUUCAGGUCAUCCCAGACUUAGAUGGUGUUCAUCAUUGGGAGCUAUGGACUCUAAGUCGUGGGGGAUCAUUGGGGAGGAAUUGCCCCCCUAGUGACCACACCCCUGGACUUAACCAAGAUUUUUUUGCGAGCAGCAAGUCCCUGGAAGACACGGCGGCGCAUGAAUUUCACACUUUCACCACCAAGAUCAUCUCUCCUGAGAAGAACUUCACUUCCGGUAUGGGUCGGAUCUCUUUCUAUUACUACCUAUGGAUAGCAGACGACCCUGAAGGAAACGAAGACACCUAUCCUUCCCUGAAUGUCGUAGGAUGCGAUGGGGCGCUGAUGUGGACUAAGAUGAGUUUUACUGCUGGCUGGCUCUUUGUCGAGAUCGAUUUCCCGUGCCCAACAGCCGGACAAAUAAUGUUUGAGGCAUCACAUCGGCGACCAGGCUCAGGGGUAGCUAUUGAUGACGUCAAGAUCCUCGAGAUUCCAUUCUUCACAGGAGGUAAUGAUAUCGAAAGAAAGAUUUCGAUGGUUCAGUGA